AAUGGGGGAAACCAAGGCUAGACCUGCCCAAAAGUCCUGAUGAUCCGAACGUGGCGUGUGGAGGGUGCGACCCGGCCUGUUACGCUAUGAUGCCCCGGCUGCCAGCGCGAGGGAAGAAUCAGUCCGGCCCUCACCCAGCCGGGCUCGACGCGUUUAAAAUAGCCUGAGCCAGGGUGGGUGGGUAGGGGGAGUGGAAGGGAUCGUUCAGCCUCGAACACCGCGCAGCGCCUUCACAGCCCGCAAUACAAAGCAUUCUAAACGAGGAAGCGUACGCAUCUAGCAGCGAAAGUUUGGAAAGCUUCCACUUGCCCGUCGGCGGGAUCUGCCCUCGCAAACGUUGUAAUGCCACGAAAUUUACAAAGGACCAAAGCUGGGGCUGGAGAGAUGUCUGUGGUGAAGGGCGCUUGUUGCUCUUACAGAGAACGGGAGAUCAGUCCCAGCAAGCAUAUGAGAUAGCUCACAACUCGCAGUUCCAAGAGAAAGGACCAAUGCCCUCUGAUCCCUGGCCUCCGUUGGCACCUGCGUGCUCCCCCACCCCACCCCGCAGUUGCUGGUGGUGCACAUAAACACGUAAACAAAUGCGGACACACGUGUCUCCAAGCAAGGCAUCCGUGAACGCAUUUGGGACUAUAUGGAAUCACGUGAUUUAGCUGACUUCCCCCGACCUGUGCAUCACAGGAUUCCGAACUUUAAGGGGUCUUACCUGGCUUGCCAAAGCAUCAAAGACCUGGACGUCUUUGCUGGGACACAGGAAGUGAAAGUGGACCCUGAUAAGCCCCUGGAAGGUGUCCGGUUGCUGGCACUGCAGAGCAAAAAGACACUGCUGGUCCCAACUCCACGGCUGAGGACAGGACUGUUUAAUAAGAUCACACCACCUCCUGGAGCCACUAAAGACAUACUGAGGAAAUGUGCCACCUCCCAGGGCGUGCGGAACUUCAGCGUCCCCGUGGGCUUGGACUCCAGUGUCCUCGUGGAUUUAGUUGUGGUGGGAUCUGUUGCUGUGUCUGAGAAAGGCUGGAGAAUUGGGAAGGGAGAAGGCUAUGCCGAUCUUGAGUAUGCCAUGAUGGUGUCGAUGGGAGCUGUCCACAAGGGGACUCCGGUCGUCACCAUUGUCCAUGACUGCCAGGUCAUGGACAUUCCUGAGGCUCUUGUAGAGGACCAUGAUCUCACGGUUGACUACAUCAUCACUCCGACCAGGGUUGUUGCUACAGACUGUGCACGCCCAAAGCCAACAGGGAUCAUCUGGUCCAAGGUCAGUUGUGAGAUGCUUACGAAAAUCCCAGUGCUCAGGAUCCUCCGUGAGCGAGAGAAGCGGGCCGGAAAGGACGUCGCUCUUCAAGCUGAGCCUGGCAGCCAGCACCCAGCUCCAAGCACCAUGAGGAGACCCCGGGAUAUACCGCAGUCACAAGCAGCUUCCCUAGGAGGGUCCCAUAGCCCCUUGCACGGGGUGGACACCCAACCAGCUGCCACUGUGUACGUGGGAAACCUGCCCUUCAAUGCUCGCGUGCGUGAACUGAAGAGAGUCCUCCAGGAGCUGGGGGCAGUGCCCCUGAGGCUUACCUGGCAGGGGCCACAGCACAGGGCCAUUCUACACUAUGCUGACUCAGCUGCUGCCCAGCAGGCUGCCUCCCGCCUUCAGGGCGUACAUCUAGGUGCCAACGCCUUGAGGGUGGCACUGGGGCAGCAGAGGGAUACGUGACCUGGUGAGCAGCCCCCAACGGAAGAGUUGUGCCGUCUCUUGUUGGAAUGUCUCUGACGUGUGGUAGUUUGCUAUUGAUGGGGGCCUGCUGCUGUGUGAGGCCUAGGCUCUGCUCCUCCUGGGAAGAGGCCACACUUUCCUAAUGCAUAGGGAUGCGUGGUGAGCAACACAUCACAACUCUCGGGAUACCACAAACUCCGACUCAUUCUGACCCAUUCCAGUUCUGGCUCUGGUUGUGAGGUCCGUGUGAUAUGCCCUCUGGGUGCAGAAGGUCUAGGGACAAAAGGUAGAGAAUGGAGACCUGAUUUAGGAUAGGAGAGAAAGUGAACACAGACCCACAGAGAAGAGACCAGGGCAGGGAUCCAGGGCAGGCAGCAGAGCCACAGUCCAGCAGAACAGGGGUGGGUAAGGGGCUCUGCACCCAGAGAAUGGGAACCCGACUUGUGCACGUGUGUGAUAGUGUCUACCCAGGCAGCACAGCUUUAACUCCACAGGCUCAGGGCCUCACUGUCCCUCAGUGAGAAUGAGAGGGGGUGGCAGCUGCCUGUGCUUGCCAAGAUGCGGUACUUGUGCCAUUGAUCCUACGCAAAAAGUCAAAAUAAGCAUUUA